AUGCCGCUACAACCUCGUCCGAUCACCCUGUCGCUCAGACAGGCCUGUCUGUACCAUGUCCGCCGACCACGACUGAAUCUGCUGGCGGAGGUGCACAUCCGUCGCCAGCAGUUCUCCAACACCGCGUACCACCACCAAGACGCAAAGGCCGCCGAGGCUGCUGUACCGCUCCGCAAACAGUUGAAAGAGGAGGCAAAGCAGCGGAAGAAGUCUGCCAAAGCUGCUGGGAAAGGAAACAACGAAGUCAACACACUGCUGGACAAGUGGGAGUUGACAGUCGGUAUCGAAGUGCACGCUGAGCUGAACACUGCCCACAAGCUCUUCUCGACUGCUCGAACCUCUGUCAAUGCCGAACCCAAUGAACAUGUCGCUCGCUUUGAUGUUGCUCUUCCAGGAGCCCAACCGGCAUUCCAGAAGGCUACUCUAAUCCCAGCUCUGCGUGCUGCUCUGGCCAUGAACUGUGACAUACAAUCUCGCAGUAGCUGGGAUCGCAAGCACUAUUUCUACCAGGACCAGCCGAAUGGCUAUCAGAUAACUCAAUACUAUGGUACGCUACAGAAACUGUCCGCAUGUUGCUUUUUGCUGACUCUCUUCANNGAACCCUUCGCCCGUAAUGGUUCCUUGACCCUGACCUUGGAAGAUGGCAUCGACCCGAACGACAUUACUGAGCCAAAAGGAAGUGCAGAAAGCACAAGUCUCACAAUUGGUAUCAAGCAGAUACAGAUGGAGCAAGACACAGCAAAGACUGCUUUACAGCCUCCUUCAACAUACCUCCUGGACUUCAACCGUGUCUCACAUCCUCUGAUCGAGAUCAUCACCCUACCCCAGAUACAUUCGCCCGCCACUGCUGCCGCAACUGUUCGUAAGAUACAAUCUCUGCUCAAAGCCGUCGACUCUUGUGUUGCCGGCAUGGAAAUGGGUGGUCUGAGAGCCGAUGUCAACGUCAGUGUCAGACAACGAGGAUCCACAGGCGACAACAACGAGUACUCCGGCGUCACAGGUCUAGGCACAAGAACCGAAAUCAAAAACCUGAGUUCGUUCAAAGCAGUCGAGGAUGCUGUGACCGCAGAGCGAGAUCGCCAAAUCAAGGUUCUUGAAGCUGGAGGUGUCAUCGAGGGCGAAACAAGAGGUUGGACCAUCGGCAGCACGGAAACAACUCGUCUUCGAAGUAAAGAAGGAGAGGUCGAUUAUCGAUACAUGCCAGAUCCUGACUUGCCUCCUGUUCUGAUUUCGAACGAGCUGGUGGACCAUCUCAGAAAGACCUUACCAGAGUUGCCAGAUUCAACGGUUCUGAGGACAAUCAACGAUUUUGGUCUGUCCACGAAGGACGCAAAAACACUUUUCUCGCUAGACGAUGGUGAGAGACUUGAGUAUUGUGCUGAGACAAUUGAGCUGGUUCAGGCAAAACUUUCUGCUCAAGACUCGAUGGAUGGUCAGGACCAAGCCAAGGUCGGCAAACUGGUUGCCAACUGGGUCUUGCACGAGAUUGGUGGUCUGCUUGCUUCAGAUGGUCGCGAAUGGUCAGAUCUCACGAUCACAACUGAGGAGCUUGCCUCUCUGCUAGCGAACCUUCUGUCGAAGCAAAUCACUGCUCGUGUGGGUAAGCAGAUCCUCCAGCAAUUGUAUGAAGAGGAUGCCGAUGAGAGAAUGUCUGUCGAUACUCGUAUUGACGAAGGCAACCUCCGCCUACGCCCCAUCAGCAGAGAGGAGUACAUCGAGCUCGCUCAGUCAAUCAUGGACGAGAACCCGAACAUGGUCAGUGCCGUCCGCGACAAAGGACAAAAAGGCAAGACCAUGUGGUUCGUCGGUCAAAUGAUCAGAAGAGCAGAAGAAGGCACAGUAGAAGCCGAAAAGGCAAAAGAAAUCAUCGAGGAGCUUCUGUUUCCAUGA